AUGACCGGACAUGUCGACUUUGCCUCGUCCAGUGAAGACGAGUUUCCUGACCUGGACGUUGUCUUCCAGAGAAGUCAACAAAUCCGCCAGCCCGCCAAACCACCGCCACCAGCACAGGAUUCGACGAGCUGGGAUGAUGAUGAUGCCUCACCAUCAAGACAGCUCGAGGAAGAGGCCAUUCGCUGGAAUCUGUCGGCGCGUGGGGACUCUGGUGCUGCGCCGUCGACGGUGGUACGACGCCGUAAGCUCGGCGUAAAAACGGAUAAUCCCUUACUGAAGCCUUUCGGGGCUUUUGGGAAGCAGAAUGAAGGACAGAAUCUAUAUGAUGUUAAGGUCAAGACCAGGGAAGUCUCUAAUGUAAGAGUUCGCGAGCCGCGCUCCUCUAGAAGCCGAGAUACGACGCCGACAGACAUUCCCCCGCAGGAGGUGGAAGACGAAUCAGCAGACAGCGCAAAUGAGCAGACAGAGAUCUCCGAGGCCGAAGUUUCCGAAUUCUCUGGCGAUUCGCAAUCGGAGUUCGAGGAAGAAGACAUUCCGAUUCUCUCUAGGCGUAAAGAGCCAGCGUUGAUCAACCAUCGAUCGAUUACAGGUCGCAGCCGCCAACAGGAGAUAGGUCCGAUGCUGGAGGACCCCCCCAGAGCACUGAGGCCUUCACCAAGCAAUGCCCUACCAGCACCUAACCCAUCAAAGAACAGCAAGACUCGAAACCAGUCUACUAAGAAACAGAAGAACACCAGAAGGGCACCUGGGCAAAUUGUCGCGGGGCCCAAGACUCUCGUUGUCGAUUUGACUGAUGAUAUGACCAACGCCCUUCGCCAGCUGAACAUCAAAAGCGAAGAUUCCCAGAAACACGCCGCGAGUGCUGAAGAUGACGAUGAUGCUCCCCCAACAUCACCACCAUUAACACCACCCAGGCCAUCCAUCAAAUCUUUGGUAUCUCCCACGAAGCUCCCUGGCAUCCCCAAAACACCACACAGGCCUAGUAUGGACAUGUUUUGGAGCCAGGAGUUUGUGGACGAGUGGAACGAGGAGCACUCCCCUAAGAAGCUGAUCCUGCCCCCAACACAAAAGAGUCCAGCAAAGAGUACGGCCAAGCCCAAGGCGCGCAGGACCGAGGGUGCCAAACAAAAGGAGAUCAAGAAAGCUUUCGAGCAGAGAAAACACGAACUGGCCCAGGACUUCCUUCGUGAGCUCGACAACACUAUCACGCAAGGCAAGCUCCAGGCCCUGGCCGAGUCUACUGGAGGCAUCAAGAUCAACUGGUCCGCCAAGCUCAACACCACGGCGGGCAGGGCCAACUGGAGACGGGAGAAGAUACGCAGCAAGCUGCCUGACGCGACAGAAAAGUCCAUCACGGACCGCCACCACGCCUCCAUUGAGCUCGCAGAAAAAGUCAUUGAUGACGAGCACCGUCUCCUCAACGUCGUCGCACACGAGUUCUGCCACUUGGCCAACUUCAUGGUCAGUGGCAUCACGGGCAACCCGCACGGCAAAGAGUUCAAGGCCUGGGCGGCCAAGUGCUCACAGCGCUUCGGCGACCGCGGCAUUGAGGUUACGACGAAGCACACGUAUGAGAUCGACUACAAGUAUGUCUGGGAGUGCACCGAGUGCGGGCUCGAAUACAAGCGCCACUCCAAGAGUAUCAACCCGGAGCGCCACCGCUGUGGCUCCUGCAAGGCCCUUCUGAAGCAGACAAAGCCGACACCGAGGGCGACAGGCAAGACGUCCGAAUACCAGCGAUUUUUCAAGGAACAGAUGAAAAUAGUGAAGCAGGAGCACCCCAAGAGCCCGCAGAAGGAGGUGAUGAGGAUCAUAGGGGAAAAAUGGGCGAAACGGGACGGGAGUAACCGGGCGACUCCCGACUCCGAGGAUCAGUCAGCGUCGAUUUCCGAGAUUAGCAUCCGCAAGGUUGGUUCCUGUCUUGUCGACCUAACGUUGUGA